CAUAAAGUUUAAAAAAACUUUUUUUUUUUUUUUUUUAAUAUAGGUUAAAUAAGUCUAAUAUACGAAAAUAAUAUUAUUUAUGAUAAUAGAUUAUGAUUAAAUAGAAAUACUUGGCCGCAAACUACUCCAGUUCCGUCAGCAAGCAAUGUUGAAAAUUAUUCAUUAUUUUUUCUAAAUAUUGCCGUUUAUUUUUACAUGCUUCCUGCUUUAAAAGAUGAAUAGAAGACAGUUAUACAUUUAUAUUAAAGAAACUGACUGUAAUAAAAAUUAUUUACUUUGUAAACUGGUUGAGUAUGUGGAAAAUGUUUCACCAAACACAUUUUUAGAUAUAAAGCCAACAUUAUCAUCAUUUGUUCAUCAAUACAAACGUAAAAUGACAACUGUAAAAAGGGAGUAUACUCAAUUUGAAAAUAAAUAUGCUACUUGGCUAGAUGCUAUUAUUUCUUUUAAACUAAUAAAAGCUGUUACUCCUGAAAAAAAUUAUGGUGGAAGACCAGAAACACCUUUUAACAAAUCUUCAAUACGAUCAAAGGACAGAAAAGUUUCUAACAUUAUACAUAUGUACUCUACUAACGAAAUAUUAUAUGCAGCUUCAAGGUCAUUAAAAAAAGAUGGGAGAAAUGCAGAGGCUAUCAGUGUCAAAAGUAUUUUAUAUACCCCUCAAGCAAGUCUUUUUUCUGACAAAGCACUAGCACUCUUCUUAGAUGCUAAUCUGUCAAAGGCAACAUACCAACUUCUCCGCAACAAUGCUUUGGAUCUAGAUUCAGCUAUUUAUCCAACAUACCAUGAUUUAAAGAGUGCAAAAGACAGAUGUUAUCCAGAUGAUGUUAUAAUCUCUGAUUACUCAGCAGAAAUUCCGUUGCAGUCUCUACUUCUGCACACAUCACAACGACUUUGUGAUUCUCAGAUAGAAGUGCUGACUGCUGAUUCCCUUAAAAUCUUUAAAAAACUUACACUUAGAUCAAAAAUAGGAUUUGAUGGUGCAACUGGUCUGUCAGUGUAUAAGCAGUCGAGUACAGAUGAGGCUGGCAGGAGUUUAGCCAAUGAAGUAUCUUUAUUUAUUACAUGCUUAGUGCCAUUAGACUUAUACUUUUUUACAGAUGCCAAGCGGCAGCUUGUUUGGAGGAAUCAUAAACCUUCGUCGCCUAUUUUUUGCAGACCUGUCCGGUUUAAAUACAUCAAAGAAACAAAGGAAGUAGUCUUAGAAGAAUUUGAGUCAAUUAAAAAUGACAUCAAAACACUCCCAGUUUCUAAAGUGAUAAUUGCUGGACAGACAUUAGAUGUACAUCAUAUCAUAGAUAUCACUAUGAUUGAUGGGAAAGUGCAGACCAUAAUUUCCACUGCUACAACUUCCACUCAGUGUUGCAGUGUUUGUGGCAUCUCACCAAAGUUCAUGAAUGAUCUGCCAAUAGUUUUAAAAAAAGAAGUGAAAAAUGAGAAUCUGCAGAAUGGCAUCUCAACACUUCAUGCCUGGAUUAGGCUUUUUGAGUGUUUACUACAUAUUGCAUACAAGAUUCCAAUUCAGAAAUGGCAAGCAAGAGGUGUAGAUGAUAAAGCUAUAGUUGCCACCAGAAAGAAGAAAAUACAAGUUGCAUUCCAAAAUGAGAUGGGUCUUGUUGUAGACCAGCCAUGCUCUGGGGGUGCUGGUACCUCAAAUGAUGGGAACACUGCACGUCGUGUGUUUCAGCAGGCUGAAAAGUCUGCUGAAAUAAUGGGUGUUAGUCCUGUUCUUAUCAGAAGACUACAUUCAAUAUUAUCAGUGAUGUCUUCUGGAUUUGAUAUUGAACCUAACAAAUUUAAAAAAUAUUGUUUUGAGACUGCAGAGUUGUAUACACAGUUAUAUAUAUGGUAUCCUAUGUCACAGACUUUACAUAAAGUUCUGAUUCAUGGACAUCUAGUGAUAGAAUUUUUUAGCUUGCCUCUUGGCAUGAUGUCUGAGGAAGCACAAGAAGCCUCAAAUAAGUACUUUAAAAAAUACAGGGAGUGCUUCUCUAGAAAAUGUGACAGAAAAAAAACCAAUUUGGACGUGUUUCAUCGCCUUUUAUGCCAUUCAGAUCCUUUUAUUGCUCAAUACCGUAAAACAAACAGUACAAGAAAAGCUAUUCUGCCUGCCGAUGCAAUUGCUCUGUUGAAAGAGCCCAGCAUCAUUUGCUCUUUGUGAGUUUUUGAUGAUAUCUUAGAAAUAAAUGUUUUUGCCAAUGAAUGUACGUGUUUAGCAAUAAAUGUUUAAUUAUA